AUGGUUGCGGCGAGUCCUUUUUUCCGAGGGACAUGGACGUUGAAGAGGUUUAACGCUACCAUCAUCAACGAUGUAUGGCCAGAGGUCGCUUUCUUCUCUUUGGUUGCAUCCAUGGUCUGCUUAGUUUCAAAAAAAACUGAGCAUCAUCUUGGGAUCAACAAUCAGCUUUUGACUGUAUUGGGUACGGUUCUUGGUUUGGUUAUUUCAUUCAGAACAUCUUCAGCAUACGAGAGAUAUCAAGAUGGCAGGAAAAUGUGGACCAACAUCGCGACCGCAUCUCGAACCCUGGCGCAACUCGUUUGGCUUCACGUCCCAAACGAUCGGGAAAACAAAGGUUUGCAGCAGAAGCAAACAGUCGUUCAAAGUAUCAUCGAGAAGAAGAGCAUGAUUAAUCUAAUUCAAGCAUUCUCUGUUUCAGUAAAGCACUUCCUUCGAGGGGAGCAAGGCAUCUAUUACGAGGAUCUUUAUCCCUUGAUAUUCUUCCUUCCACGAUACUCUCAUAUGGCUGCCGAGGGACAUCCAUACACGCCUGAGAAACUUCCCCUGUGGCAGCUAGACGGAGAACAACCCUCCCAUGGCGAGGAGAAGCAAAAAGAAAACCACAGCAAACAGUUUAGCUCGACUGAUAAGAACACCGACACGGCAUCUGACCAAGGCUGGUUCUCGCGCAAUCGCGGCGGGAAACACCGUAAAUUCGAUCCUGAGAGUGUGUUGCCCUACGUUCACUGUGACCGAACGCUCAAGCCUGCACACAUGCCGCCACCGAUGACUGUGUACGAUUAUAUUCCUUUAUUGAGGUUCUUCAAAUGGGUUGUACACACUAUUCUUCGCAAAGCGCACCCCGGCAUGCAAAGGCGGAGGAAGAAGAAUCCAUUCUCGGAGAUUGUUGAGAGCAGUGUUCCUCUCGAGAUUUCCUUAAUUCUUCAAGGUUACUUCGCAUUCCUUCUUAGGAGUGGUUUGCUGCAGCCAGCAUCUGCAACUGGUUUCAUGACAAACCUCAACACUCUUCAAGACGCUCUAUCCAACUUGGAACGGAUCUGCAAUACCCCGUUGCCGUUUGCAUACCAAAUACAUCUGAGGAUGUCGUUGUGGCUUUAUCUGUUCCUCUUGCCAUUUCAAGUUUACAAUGCCUUCGGGUACCUCACCAUUCCAGGCACGGCGUUCGCUUCAUUCUUGUACCUAGGAUUCCUCGAGAUCGGACAAGAAAUUGAAAACCCUUUCAACUACGACCUAAAUGAUCUCGACCUUGACAACUUCUGCCUCUCAAUCCAGCGCGAGCUGCACGAGAUCACCGCUCACCCGAACCCCGAACCUAAGGACUUCGUUUUCAAUGCAACAAAUCAACCAUUCGCACCCGCAGAUCGCAGGAGCGCAGCAGACUUGGUGUCCGGCAACACAGAAUAUGACGUGUCCAACGCGGUGGGUCCUGUGGGCAUUCACGGCCUUCGUAAGACCUUGGUCAAAAGCUGGAUGGACGUCGAUACCAAAACUCGUCCGUGAACGGGUUCCAAGUCAUAUUACGUCAUUUUUAUCAUUUUUAUCGUUUUUUUUUUUCAGCCUGUUUACUUCGUUUUCGUCGGUUGCUCUAUGUAUGGUAUUCGUUUUACUCAGAUGUAAAAGACAGUUGUUCGAUAAUCAUAAUGAGGGUAGUCGCUGAGGGUAUCACAUUCUUG